GAAUUAUCCCGAGUCAAGACUAGUUUCUGGACACAUGACUAGUUUCUGGUAUUGCUGUAGCUGUAGAGAUUGCUGUUACCCAUCUAGUCAGCUGGCUGCAGGGAUAGAGUAGGAAUCACCGUAUAGAGCUGCUCUGUAAGUGUUGAGAAAUGCAGGAGUUACCAGUUCUCCUGAGGCUAGAAGUCGAUGACAUAUCUUGUACCGUGAUUGCGCUAUCACAUCGAUUUAAUAUGCACCAUGUUUCAUUCUUUGUGCAAAUACUACUAGCAAUUUCUCAUUAGCUUUAUUCUGCUGAGGAAAUGUGUUGCCUGUAGGGUUCACCUAUUCAAGGCAGCUAAACAGUUUGUGGUAUUCCGGUACUAACUUUGGCUGUAUUCCAGUACUGACUUUGGCUAUUAUCGUGCCAUGUAGUAGUAACUUGUUUGUUGUUAAGUGACGUGUACUGAUAACUCUGUAUGUCCCUUUUGUGCUUUUUGAUUGAAUAUUGUGUUUCUAUCUUCUUCCAGAGUUCUUGCAGAUGUCUACCGCUUCGGCUACCGCCAAGCUUUCAAUCAUUUCAAAAUCUUGGCUUGGAUUGUGCGAAUUGGACAGAGCCAAUAUAUGCUGAUUUAGUGAGGAAAUCUAGUGGCGACGAGGAAAGGAUGCUGGUGCUGUUCUUUGAUAGGAUUGGCUGGCCUACAUCUCUGCCAACUAGUGAGAAAGGGUCAUUUACAAAACGUGUUCUUAGUGAGAAGUUGAAAGCUUUGGAAAAGCUCUCUGCUUCUGAUGACUUACCACUGCGUCCUGGAGUUGAGAAGUUCAUCGAUGAUGCACUUAGUGAGGGUGUGCCUGUAGCCAUAUUGGCAACAUAUGGCAGAAAUGGAGAGAAGAUUUCAAGAUCAAUAGUUGAGAAGUUAGGCCCUGAGAGAACGUCGAAACUAAACAUUGUUGGAAAAGACGAGGUUGAAAGAAGUCUUUAUGGGCAGCUUGUUCUUGGUGAAGGAGUUGCCUCCAGUUUGGAUGAACAACUUACCAAGGAAGUACAAAAGGCCGCUUCUGCAGAGAAACAGAGGAUAGCAGAAGAGGUUGCAUCACUUCUAAAACUCAGCGUUGACAUUAACACAGCAUCUAAAAGUUCCGAGAAGAUAAUAGCCACGCUGCGAGCUGGGGCCGAAUAUGUGGGAUGCAAUGUGCAAAACUGCAUCCUUGUAGCGGGUAGCCAACCCAGCGUCAUCGCAGCUGAGCGCAUUGGCAUGCCGUGCAUAGUUGUCCGAAGCAGCCUAACUGCUAGAGCAGAAUUUCACUCCGCAAAGGCCGUCAUGGAUGGAUUCGGUGAUACGGACCUAACAGUAUCAAAACUACUUAGCAAGAGGUGGUCCUAAUACCUUUGUAAACUAGGCAUUGGAUGUGAGUUCCCUGCCGUCAGUUUGUAACCGACCGACUUGGUGAUGAUCGAAACGCGGCUUGAUUUAAACCCGAGCUAGCAAAACGAGGCUUUAUAUAAUGCCGAGCUUGCGGCAGAAAGUUACAAUAAGCACCAGCUGCUUUGUUGUUUUUAUGUUGUUAUUGUACCCGUGAAGUAUUGAACAUUUGUACUGUUACUCGACCGAGUUUGUUCUGUGCCUUCAUAUAUAUACAUCUGACUGAGUCCUUGCCAUCUA